AUGGCCAGAAUGCUGGACGCGUUGCCACUACGGCAACACAUAAUCCUUACUAGGAACUCGGCAGCAACGCACAAGCAGCUGGUUGAUAACACCAUCAGUCAACACAGGCAGACAUUCGGUGCAUUCAUGCGCAUCCGGCGAGCUACGCAGCAGUGGGACACCAGUCACAAUUCGCGGGAGUCAGAAAGCAGCCGGUUCAGGGGUCCACACCGCGCCGCAUCAAUCAACGCUCACUAUCAUGCGCCACAUAGGCGGUCACAAAUGAGCGACUCGCCCGCCUCAAGCCCCAUGACCUCUUCCGGUCCUAGCGGUCCCAAACCCGUGCUUUGCACCAGCCCGGUGGAGCUACACAUGGUUCGGCCCGGCCCCACCAGUCCGUCUCUCGACGUGCAGUGGACCCUGGCGGACGGGCUGAACGCUGCGGCCGCGACGCGGUCUUGA